UUCUCAAGAGAGAAGAUCCUUAUCCGAGAGAGAAUUGGGCUACAGAAAGAUGAAUGGAAGGGUCGUGUUCUAAGAGCUACUCACAGUAAUUCUGAGGCCUGGGAUUACCAAGAUGGGCUCGGAGAACCUCUUGCCUGCUCAGCGGCUCUGGCUUGUUUUAGCUGGGCUUUCCCUGCUGCCUCUGAUGGAGCCAUAUGGAUUCAGAAAAUGCACGCAGUACGCAUUUGACAUCCACCACGUGUUCUGCAUCCGGAAGAAGAUCACCAAUUUGACAGAUGCCAUUAGUGACAUCCCGGGAUAUACCACUCACCUCAACCUCACGCACAACUCUGUUCAGGUCCUUCCUCCCCACAGCUUCGCGAAUUUGCCUGCCCUGGUGGACUUGAGACUGGAGUGGAAUUCCAUUUCGAAGAUUGGUGAGAGGGCUUUCUGGGGACUUAGCAACCUGACCCUCUUGAAUUUAAUAGAAAAUAAGAUUCGAAGUGUGAUGGAUGUGUUUCAGGGCCUGUCCAAUUUGGAAACCUUGCUCCUGAGUAAUAAUAAAAUUUCCCAUAUUCACAUCAACGCCUUCAUCCCUCUGGUCAAACUGAGACAUUUGAGCCUCUCUCAAAACUUUAUUACUAAUUUUUCUAAUAUCCUUGAUGCAGUCCAGCAUCUUCCACGCCUGGAGUAUCUUGAUCUUACUAACAACAGCAUCAUCUUCUUGGACCAAAGCCCCAGGACACUGCUUUCCUUGACCCAUCUGAGCCUGCAGAAGAACAAACUAAGCGAGUUAGAUUUCUCUGCUUUGUCUUUGCCAAAUCUGACCACUCUGGAUGUUUCCCAGAAUGGGCAAAAGGCCAUUCAGAAUGUGUAUGUAGAGACUCUGCCCCAGUUGAGCAGCCUGAAUCUCAGCGGAACGGUGGUGACGUUGGACACGAUACUGCCCAAACAUCUACAGAAUCUAAGGGCAGUGGACCUCAGCAACUGGGAGCCUAAGCAUGCUCACUUGAACUUGAGCAGAAUGUGUUGGCUCUUCAGAAACUUACCGUUACUGGAGGCUUUGGUUUUUCAGAAAAGCACCAUUGAUGCGGAGGGGGUGAGGCACCUUGCCAACUGCACCAGGCUUCUUUCUCUCGACCUGAGCCUGAGCACACAUCUGGUGCAGCUCAGUGGCAGUGAAUUCGUGGCUAUGCCCAGCCUCCAGGAGCUGAAUGUCAAGAUGUCCCAACUCACCUUGGUCAGGAACAGCACCUGGAGCUCCCUCCAGAACUUGACAUUCCUAGACCUGAGCCACAAUACAUUCACAUGGCUUCCGGAUUUUGCAUUUUCUCCCUUGAAGAGCCUACAGCAUCUCUCUCUUUCUCAAAAUCCCAUCACAGAAAUCAAUAAUAUGACUUUCAAGGGGCUGUAUUCACUGAAGGAGCUCAACUUGGCUUAUUGCUGGAUUGUGACUAUCAACAGACACUCCUUCACCCAACUCCCGAACCUGGAGAGCCUAGAUCUUGGAGGCAACAACAUCCGCACCCUGAAAUGCAGAACCUUUAACCCCCUGAAGAAGCUCCGCAUUCUGAUUCUCUCUCAGAACCGCCUGCAGAUCAUAGAGAAGCAAGCCUUCUACGGCCUCACUGACCUUUCUCACCUUGAUCUGACAUACAACAGCUUGUUGGGUUUGGCGACAGACUUCCUCUCGGCACUGGAAAGACUGGAAAUUUUGAAUCUCAGUUUUAAUAGAAUCACAUAUGAAAGUACCAAAACCUUGACAUUUCCUCCAUUUAGGAAGCUCAAGUAUUUGAAACAUCUCAAUUUAGAAGGACAGGUGCAUGGGAUUCAGGUUGUGCCAGUGAACUUUUUCCAAGGGCUGGAUGCCUUGCAGGAGUUGCUCCUGGGCAAAAACCCCCUGGUAUUCCUCGACCAUCUCCAGCUCGAUCCCCUGAGGAAUCUCACCAAGUUAGACAUCUCAGGAACACAAGCUGGAGACAGAAGCCUCUAUUUAAAUACAUCCUUGUUCAAAAAACUCAAAAAAUUAAAAGUACUGCACCUUGAAAACAACAACCUAGAGUCACUGACGCCUGGAAUGUUCUCUGGCUUGGAAAGUCUUCAGGUCUUCUCUUUAAGAUUCAACAGCUUGAACGUCAUUAAUCAAAGCCACCUGGAAAACUUGAAGUCUCUGAUGUACUUUGAUCUCUAUGGGAACAAGCUGCAGUGCAACUGUGACAAUCUGUGGUUCAAGAACUGGUCCACCACCACAGCCACCGUCCAUAUCCCCUACCUCCGGAGCUACCCUUGUCAGCAGCCAAAUUCUCAGAGUUUGCUCGUUGAUUUUGAUGACGCUUUGUGUAAUUUCGACCUGGGAAAGAUCUACUUCAUCUGUUCCUUCAGUCUAGUGCUUACAACCAUGGUCUUUUCCUGGCUCAGCGCCAAGAUCACUUCAUCACUGUGGUAUGGGCUGUACAUAUUUAGAGCCUGGUACGUAGCCAAGUGGCACAGGAAUGCAAAGGAGUUUGUCUAUGAUGCCUUUGUCUCUUUCUCUGCCACUGAUGAGCAGUGGGUAUAUGAAGAGCUUGUUCCAGCUCUAGAAGAAAGUGGCCAGCCUACCUUUAAGCUCUGUCUCCAUCACCGGGACUUUGAACCAGGGAUGGACAUCUUUGGCAAUAUCCAGAAUGCCAUCAACACCAGCCGGAAAACACUGUGUGUGGUCAGUAGCCACUACUUGCGCAGCGAAUGGUGUCGGCUUGAAGUACAGCUGGCCAGCAUCAAGAUGUUCUACGAGCACAUGGAUGUUAUUAUCUUGAUCUUCCUAGAAGAGAUUCCCAACUAUAAGUUGUCCAGCUACCACCGACUCCGGAAACUCGUGAGCAGACAGACGUUCAUCACUUGGCCAGACAACGCCCACGAAAGGCCACUCUUUUGGGCUCGCAUUAGAAAUGCAUUGGGCAACAGAACAGUGGAGCGAGACAAUGCGCAGCUCCUCGUGGCCGAGUAACCAGGAGCCUUGGGGCCUCAGAUCCGGCUGCCUAAUGUUUCCCAAGGUCGGGGGGGAGGGGGCUGAGUGUGACUAAAGGCACUGCUCUGCAGGGAGAAGGGCAUGGGUUACUCCAGAUCCUAACACCGGGCAUGAUUUGCAUCAUAUCUCAUUAGGCAACUGAAAGAAUGAAGGACGCUGCUUGAGGGAGCUUCAGCAAUAGGAUUUGACUCUUGGAGAAUCAGAUAUCUGGAAGGCACACCUUUAUAUGCAGAAGGAGGGCUUGGGUCAGCAGUCCUCUGAAAUUCUGGGCACCAGGGGGACCCUCAUAUGUGUUUGAGAACAUUGAUCAGCUAGUUUAUUCAAAACAGUUCCUGCAAAGAUAAAUUGAAUGGUAAUUCUUGUAAGAACAUGUCCCAAUAGAAACGCCACCUAUUGGGGCUUCAUGAAGGCCAAGACAGGAUUGCAUUGUACUCUCUGGUAGGAAAUAUAGGACUCCGAAGGCUUUUUUUUCUGUUAAGUCAGAGUGCAAGAGCUUGGAGGGUCUGAAUUUGGGUCCGUCCGUUUCCCUAUUGGGAAGCAACCUCGAGGGGCAAGCAAGGCUUCGUGACUCUACAUCGGAUUGCACGGCAGAAAUAAGUGCCACCAGCAGCUUUUGCUGAUUGUGUUUGCAGCAAGCCUUUUGUCUCUUUGUCCUGCCUUCUUCCGCUGGGUUCCUGCUUACCCGUAAGGUUCUGGGAAGCGUUUGUGAACAACAGAUCCUGAAAGGAAGAGUAUUUGCCAAGCAGGGGUGGCCAGGUGCUGGAGAGCCUUCUCAGCACCGCAGAGGAACCCCCUCCCCUCCCACAUCGCCAGGGCCCCAGGCAAAAGGUGCGCGAUUCAGAUAGAACUCCAUUUUGUUGGUGAUCAAAACUGACAGGCAUUUAUGUGAGAAGCUAUGAUUCAUCCACUGGGUGUUUGUGGGCUAAAUGAUUGGCAGCUACUACAUGACACACACAAGAAAUAGCACAUGACUCAAAUAGCACAUGACUCAUUGUGUUUAAAUGAAAUAAUCGGAUUUUGAGGUCCUGUUCGCCUAGCCUGGUGGAAAAUGAAAUAGCACUCAUUCCUUACCCUUACCUCCUGGCCUCUGGCUUGUUCUUAACAUUAAA